AUGGCUAGAUCUAGGCACGCAAUACCUAAAUGUGAAGAGGAUAUUACGGCGGCUAGGAAAACCGCAGUUCCAUUGAAGACACAGCAAGAUACUCAAUGGUGUGUCAAAUUAUGGAUGGACUGGAGCACCCAUAGAAACAGUGAUUAUGAUGGCCCAAAGGUUCUACUUGACAGUCAGCUCAAGAAGGCAAGCAAACAUGACUUAUCCUACUCUAUGGAGCGAUUUGUGCUUGAGGUCAGAAAUAAGCAUGGAAACGAGUACUCUGCCACAACUCUACAUCACAUUGUUUGUGGCAUAAUGAGAUUUAUCAGAAGUGAACAGGCUUUCAUUGAUUUUUUCACUGAUCCAGAGUUUGUAGAAUUUAGGCAAACAUUAGAUGGGGAAAUGAAGAGGCUCCAAAGUAAAGGAAUUGGGUCACAGAUCAGGAAGGCAGAAGUAUUGACUCCUGAAGAAGAGGAACUACUUUGGACCAAAGGCCUUCUUGGAGACCACAGCCCUCAAGCAUUAUUGAACACUGUGUUCUUCAUGAACGGUCUAUACUUCGCACUUAGAAAUGGCAGUGAACACAGGAACCUUAGAUUGAAUCCUCCACAAAUUAGAGUCGUUGAGACAAGUGGCAAAAGGCCUUACCUUCACUACACAGAGGACAUAUCGAAAAACAAUCAAGGUGGCUUAAAACACCGUAAGCAGGCUAAAAAAGAUGUAAAGCACUACGCCAAUGAAGACAACCCAUCAAGAUGCUACGUAAGAUUGCACAAACUGUAUAUCAGCAAGUUAGAAUAUACAUACAUGUAAUUGACCAAUCAGAUUGCACCACUAAAGGUGUUUUAUUUCACUUAAAAACUCCCCGGGAACUCAUAGUAAACUCCCCGGGCUCUCAUAG